CCUGCAUACAACUACCGACACGCGCAGCACGCCACAACUCGACUAUUCCAUCAAACUCCAUCCACAUUAACACACUUUCAUCAUGACUGGACGCGGCAAAGGUGGCAAGGGCCUCGGCAAGGGCGGCGCUAAGCGUCACCGAAAGAUUCUUCGCGACAACAUCCAGGGCAUCACCAAGCCUGCCAUCCGACGUCUCGCUCGUCGUGGCGGUGUCAAGCGUAUCUCUGCCAUGAUCUACGAAGAGACCCGUGGUGUCCUGAAGACCUUCCUCGAGAGCGUCAUCCGUGAUGCCGUCACAUACACCGAGCACGCCAAGCGCAAGACCGUCACCUCCCUCGAUGUCGUCUACGCUCUGAAGCGACAGGGCCGCACCCUCUACGGCUUCGGCGGUUAAGCGUCUCACUUCGUCCCUCGUCUCGGCUAUCUGUCCUCGAUCUCUUCACCGACUACCUCGCAGUUCUCGGUCAAGGGGGUGUGCGGUGUCGCGAAUAGUCUUAGGAUAUGGGGUUGG